AUUCUACGACCCUUAUUGUACUUUGAUAACGACAUUCGAUACAGUGUAGCUCCCUAUGGGGACUUUUGUGAUGAGGUCAUUCACGGUGGCUCGGGUGAUGACGGUGGUGGCACUGAUGAUGUGGCUGAUUUCGACGGGGGCUUUGCUGACCUCGGUGCGGGAGAAGGUGCUGCCUCUGAAGACGCUGCCUCGUCCAUUAUCUGUCCAGCAGUGUUGUGUUUUAUACCAGAGGAAGAUAACUGUACAGAAGUGCCUGGUGUCUGCUGUUCUCAGUGGAUCUGCGGUGAUGGGCCGAGAGAGUGUGUUCUCGAGACGGGCGAAGUCCACCAGAUCGGUGACACGUGGACCAAUGGCUGCGAGACAUGCAACUGUGUGUACUCGGGUAACGGGGCCGUCGUCAGUUGCUACAAGCGAUACUGCAUCCCGGCGCCACACAGGGAUUGCGUAGAAGUGUUCAGGGAAGGGGAGUGCUGUCCGGACUACCAUUGUAGCAGCACGACCUGCAAGUAUGACAACCGCUACUACGGCGUCGGGGAGUCGUGGAAGACGGAGGACUACUGCCAGACGUGCACCUGCACGAAGGGCGACCCGAUUCCCGAGAUAAGUUGCGAUGAGCCGGAGACUUGCAAGCCGGCGCCCAGUCCCGCCUGCAGGCCGAUCGAGUCCGCCAGGGAGUGCUGUCCGGUGGCGUGGGACUGCUCCGAUGCCUACCUGAUCACGGUGCCCAAGGUGUUCGUGCGGGGAAGGCAGUCGACGGUGUGUGUGUUCCUCGAGGACGACCCGCCUGUCUCGGUUAACCUUACGGUUGCAAUGACGAUCGGGAAGGAUGAAAUUCAUGCCACAGUUCUUGAGACAGUGUCGGACAGACAUGUGUGUGUGGACUUCCCCGUGCCUGACGGCGGCGACGCCUUUGGCUACCUGGCUAUCAUGGGAACCGUCGGCGAAGUUCACUUGUCAGAAGAGCUGAGGAUCUACCUCGUCUCCGUCGGCAAGACUUUCUUGCAGACGGACAAGUACCUGUACGAGGAAGGGCAAAUUGUUAAGUUCCGCGUGCUGAGCGUCGAGGGCGAGAGGGCCGCCGUCUCCUACGAGGACCUGGACGAGGUGUGGAUAACCUCGCCGACAGAGACGCGGCUGGUGCAGUGGCUCAACGUCAGCAACAGCCGCGGCCUCGUGCACCUCGAAUUCCCGUUGGCCGAGCACGUGCAGGAGGGAACGUACACAAUCCACGUACGAGCUGAAGGACGAGUCACAACCCAGGAUUUCAAGGUCGAGCCAUACGUACUACCAAGAUUCGAAGUCACGGUCCGCCCUCCGCCAUACACGCUUAUCUCCCAGGCAGUGAUCACGGUCGAAGUCUGUGCUGAUUACACAUAUGGGCAACCCGUGACAGGCAGCGGCAAUCUUUUUGUGAGGAAGAACAGGUACUAUUAUUUCGAAGACACAGUAGACGACGUUCUUUCCAUUCCUAUCCCGACCUUCAGCGGUUGCACGGACGUCGAGGUGGACACAGGCCUGAUCAACACAGAAGGUUACGGCUUCAUAGGCAUGCUUUCCCUGACAGCUGACAUCGCCGAGGAAGGCACCGGCAACAUGGCCUCAGGCACCGCCACCAUCCAGCUGGCUACCCAACUUCUCUACUUCACGCAGAUUAGCCGAGUGAAAGAUGCCAAGCCGGGCCUGCCCUUCGAGAUGCAGAUUCAAGCGAGGUUCCCAGACGAAACCGGCGCGCCAGGUGUCGAGGUAAAAGCCUGUGUCGGAACCGCAUGCAAAAACUUCGUGACGGACGAGCGCGGUGCCUUCACUGUAAUCGUGCCUCCUCACCUCGUCAAACCUCAAGGCCAUCUCGAGGUAAUUCUGGCGAACGAAGAUAAGCAAGAAGGAAACCUUGGCCACCUUUACUCUUCAAUGGCUUAUUUCUACUUCAAUGUUUACUACUCCGAGUCGAACUCCAGUCUCUCUCUCGCCAUCCCGACGGACGCUCUUGCCUGCUCUCCAGGAGAGGACCUCGAUCUAUCUCUGCCGGUGCUCUUCGUGGCGAACAAUAUAAACAAGGCUUUGAUGAGAGUGCAGGUGAUAUCGAGGAGCCAGGUGGUGUUCACUAACUCGUUCGAACAAGACCUGGUGGCUUCGGCCUUGGCUCUGGAUGACAGCGCGCUCCUCGAACCCUUGGCGGAGCUCGAGGCGGGAUUCGUCAGGGGAUCCUUCAUUCUCGACCUGAAGUUGCCUUACUCUGCGUCGCCCUUGGUCAAUGUUUUGAUCUGGUAUUCCACUGCCGCCGGCGAAGUGAUUGCAGCCUCUGGCACUGUGGAAGUUAGCACCUGUCUGCCCACCAUCGCCAACCUGGCAUGGGCUCCCUCGGACACCGCGGCGCCAAAGGACGACGUUCAGGUCACAAUCACAGCGUCGCCAAACUCCAUCUGCUCGCUGGGUAAACGGUGGCAGCUUUUGAGAGAGAGAGAGAGAGAGAGAGAGAGAGAGAGAGAGAGAGAGAGAGGAGGGUUCGAAUCCUUCCGAGGAAAACGGGGAAGCCUGUCAACCGCCGCCGUGUUUCAGCUUUUACAGGCAACCGAGCCGUAUAUAUGGUUGAACAGCCAAAUUAAUGAUUAUGCUUAUUGCUCAGGAGAUUCCCCUGCAUCAUACUAUGAUGAUGUCAUAGAGGAAUUACCCAUAGCCAAGCGUAGUUACUUUUGGAUGCCGUUUACAAGCUUGUACAUAGAUGCGCUGUCAGCAUUUAAUGAUGCGACCGUCCUUGUGCUUUCUGAUCUGACAAUUGAAACUCGACCCUGCGAAGCACGAGAUUACGGUGGAUUUUAUCGUAAGUUUUUACUGAUUUUGUCAUUUAAUGGAUGUAUAGAUCCAGAUUACGUUUAGUAGUUGUAAACGAAUGCUAUCAGAUUUAAAAUUUCAAUCACGAAUAUGUUUAGAUCCAGAUAGUAGUAAUAGUUAACACUUACACACUUUGUGAAUGCACUAAU